UAUGCCAUUUCCAGUUACACACCAAACUCUCUCCACAUUCUCUUUCUACUCACUGUCUCACAGCUCCACUCCAAGCCUCCGCCAUCAUCAUUUCCUGCCAUAGCAAUCAUCAAAUUGAUCAUAUCUUCUUCCAUUCGAUCCCGUUAGGAUCCAUUCCAUCCAUACUAUCCAUAUCUGAACUCUACUAACUAAUCGAAUGGAGGAAGCGAUAGAGAUGGCGCGGGCAAAGGACAAGAAGGAGAGAACGGCAGGCGUGGAACGACUCCAUCAAUUUCUCGAGUCUUCCAUAAAGAGUCUCUCCUCUUCAGAGGUUACAUUACUCGUUGAUUGCUGCCUGGAUCUCAUGAAGGAUACCAACUUUAGGGUCUCUCAGGGGGCUUUACAGUCUCUCGAUUCCGCUGCCGUGCUUUCCGGCGAUCACCUGAAGAUUCAUUUCAAUGCAAUAGUUCCUUCUGUUGUUGAGAGGUUAGGCGAUGGAAAACAGCCUGUGCGCGAUGCGGCGAGGCGGUUAUUGCUAACUCUUAUGGAGGUUUCAUCUCCAACAAUCAUUGUUGAGCGAGCAGGUUGUUAUGCAUGGGCACAUAAAAGUUGGAGAGUGCGAGAAGAGUUUGCCCGUACCAUGGCAUCAGCAAUUGCUCUUUUUGCAUCUACUGAGCUUCCUCUUCAGCGUGCUAUUCUUCCUUCUAUUCUGCAGAUGUUGAAUGAUUUCAAUCAUGCUGUGAGGGAAGCAGCUCUACUAUGCAUUGAGGAAAUGUAUACUCAAUUGGGACAUCAGUUCCAUGAUGAACUUCAACGUUACCAUCUUCCCGCAUCAAUGUUAAAAGAUAUAAAUGCCAGACUAGAGAGAAUUGAACCAAGAAAUCACUCUUUAGAUGGACUUGCGAGAAAUCAUAUUGUUAUUGAUGUUAAGCCGGCCAGUCUCAACCCCAAAAAGAGCAGUCCUAAGGCCAAGAACUCCAACCGUGAAGUGUCUCUUUUGGGAGGAGAUGAUGCCACUGGAAAGCAAAUUGAGCCAGUCAAAGUUUACUCAGAGAAGGAACUAAUUAGAGAAUUCGAGAAGAUUGUAUCAACAUUUGUUCCAGAAAAGGACUGGUCCAUCCGUAUUGUUUCUUUGCAGAGACUUGAAGGUCUUAUUAUUGGAGGUGCAGCUAAUUACCCUUGUUUUCUUGGCCUUUUGAAGCAACUCAUUGGUCCAUUAAGCACUCAAUUAUCUGAUAGAAGAUCCAGCAUAGUAAAACAGGCAUGCCAUUUGCUGAACUUUUUAUCCAAAGAAUUACUGGGAGAUUUUGAAGCAUGCGCCGAAAUGUUCAUCCCAGUCCUUUUCAAGCUAGUGGUGAUAACUGUCCUUGUGAUUGCAGAGUCAGCAGAUAAUUGCAUAAAAACAAUGCUGCGUAACUGCAAAGUUGCUCGAAUUCUUCCUCGCAUAGUUGAUUCUGGAAAGACCGACCGCAGCGCUAUACUUCGUGCCAAGUGUUGUGAGUAUGCUCUUUUGGUACUAGAAUGUUGGGCUGAUGCACCUGAAAUACACCGUGCUGCUGAUCUUUAUGAAGCUCUUAUAAAGUGCUGUGUUGGAGAUGCAAUGAGUGAGGUCCGUGCAACUGCUAGAGCUUGCUACAGAUUAUUUGCUAAGACUUGGCCAGCACGUUCUCACAGGCUGUUUCUUUCUUUUGACCCUGUUAUUCAAAGGCUCAUAAAUGAAGAGGAUGGGGGGAUUCAUAAAAGAUAUGUUUCUGAUGUUCAUGAUAUAGGUUCGCAAAUGUCUUUUACCCCUCAAGUAUCUGGUUCUUCAAAUCUUCACGGAUAUGGUACUUCAGCUGUUCCUGCUAAGAACAAAAGUUCAAGUUUGUCAACUGGUGCAUCCAUGUCUUCAGAGUUGCUUUUGACUCAAGAAGUCUUUUCCCGUAAAGAUUCUGAACGAAGUCUGGAAAGUGUUCUUCAUUCAAGCAACCAAAAGGUUUCAGCUAUCGAAAGCAUGCUUCGAGGUUUGAGUCCUUCAGAUAAGAAUGGUACAUCAACUUUCCACUCAGCAAGUUCAAAUCUUGUUGACCCUCCAUCUUCUCGUGAUCCACCCUUCCCACCUGCAGUUCCUGCUUCAGACAGUCUCCCAAACUCAACACUAAUUCAAUCUACCAAAUUCACUAUGCCUGAUAUCUUUUCCAUACCAAAUGGAGGUUUGGUUGUAUCUGACGUUAUUUACCAACUCCAGGCUUCCAAAGACCAAAAUAAAUCAUCUUAUUGCAGUGGUGACGGAACAGAUUCUUUAUUUUCCUUCUCAUCUUACUCAACUAGAAGAUCUUACCAGAAAAUACAUGACAGAGGCUACACUGAGGAGGUUGGUGAUUCUAGGGAGGACAGACAAUUUAUGAAUUUGCAUCUUGAUAGACAACAUAUGGACACCACUUAUAGAGAUGCACAUUUCAUGGAUUCACAUGAAAACUAUGUACCAAAUUUUCAGAAACCUCUUUCGAGAAAACAUAUAGGUGGACGUGUAACUGCACGUCGAAGGAGUGUUGAAGAAAGCCACCUAACCAUUAGAGAAGUGUCCAACUGCAAAGAAGGCCCGACUUCUCUUAUUGACGCUUUGAGCGAAGGACUUAAUCAAAGUUCAGACUGGAAUGUGAGGGUUGCUGCAUUUAGUUUCAUCCAUUCUUUGCUGCAACAAGGGCCAAGAGGCGUUCAAGAAGUUACACAUAAUUUUGAGAAGGUAAUAAAGUUGUUUUUCCAGCACCUUGAUGAUCCCCACCAUAAAAUUGCUCAGGCAGCUCUCUCCACCCUUGCUGAUAUUAUUCAGGCUUGUAAAAAGCCUUUUGAAAGUUACAUGGAGAGGAUAUUACCUCAUGUUUUUCCACGCUUACUUGAUCCAAAGGAGUCCGUGAGGCAACCAUCCUCCACGAUUUUGGAGAUUGUUGGAAAAACUUACUGCACAGAUUCUUUAUUACCUGCUUUGCUUAGAUCAUUGGAUGAACAGCGAUCACCAAAGGCAAAACUGGCUGUCAUUGACUUUGCUAUAUUAACAUUCAAUAAGCACAUACAGAGCUCAGAAGGAUCCACUAACAGUGGCAUUUUAAAACUAUGGCUGGCCAAAUUAACACCAUUGAUCCAUGAUAAGAGUACAAAACUGAAGGAAGCAGCUGUUACCUGCAUCAUAUCUGUAUAUUCCCACUUUGACUCGGUAGGAGUACUAAAUUUCAUUAUUAGUUUAUCCGUGAAUGAGCAAAAUUCCCUAAGGCGAGUUGUGAAGCAAUAUACUCCACGUAUAGAAGUAGACUUGAUGAACUUUCUGCAGAGCAAGAAAGAGCGGCAACGAUCUAAGUCCAUGUAUGAUCAAUCAGAUGUCAUGGGAACUUCCUUUGACAAUGGUUGUGUUGGAGUCUCAAAGAAGAGCUAUUUCCAAGGAUACUCAUCUGGUUCUGGGGAUAGUUCUGGGAAUACAUUGCAAGAAAUUCAAGUUAUUGACUCUGUUGGUUUAGGUGCAUCUAAUGAAACUCAAGAGUAUCUUUAUCAAAAUUUUGCAUCUGGAGCAAAUAGUGAGGUCCUGAUUUCCAAGAGUAUGGAUCUGAACUACAUGGUUAAUAUUGAGAACAGCGACACUGAAGCUUCAUACACACCCCGUCUGGAUCUGAAUGAACUCGAGAGGUCUGACCACAGUGAUAUCAAAUCAGUUUUGGGGCUCAAUAGUCAAACUCCAUUGGAAUCAGAAUGUACAAAACAUGCUGCAGUGAAAGUCAACUCUGAUCUUGAUGCAGGUCUAAGUAUUUCUCAGAUUCUCCAUCUGAUAUCCAAUGGCUAUGAUGGAAGUUCUAUUGGUAGCAAGUGUGAUGCACUUCAGCAGUUAGCUGAAGCUUCUAUGACUAAUGAUCAUUCUAUUUGGACCAAGUAUUUCAACCAGAUUUUAUCUGUAGUUCUUGAGGUAUUAGAUGAUUCUGAGCUAUCUGUUCGAGAACAAAGUCUAACGCUCAUGAGAGAAAUGCUGAAGAAUCAGAAAGAUACUAUGGAAGAUUCUGUUGGACUUGUAGUUGAGAAGUUGCUCUUUGUUACCAAAAGUGAUACGCCUAAGGUUGCAAAUGAAGCAGAGAACUGUCUUUCCAUUGUUCUGUCUCAGUAUGAUCCCAUCCGAUGUCUAAGUGUUAUUGUCCCCCUGUUGGUUACUGAAGAUGAGAAAGCUCUUGUUACUUGCAUAAAUUGUUUGAUGAAGCUUGUGGGUAGACUAAAUAAAGAAGAACUGAUGGCCCAGUUACCUUCUUUUUUGCCUGCUCUCUUUGAUGCGUUCGGAAACCAAAGUGCUGAUGUUCGCAAGAGUGUUGUUUUCUGUUUGGUGGACAUUUAUAUUAUGGUUGGGAAAGCAUUUCUGCCUUACUUGGAGGGUCUCAAUAGCACACAACUGAGAUUGGUGACCAUCUAUGCUAACCGAAUCUCACAAGCGAGAACUGGUACCCCAAUAGAUGCUACCUAACUCUACUCUACUCUACUCUACUCUUUCGGAAUGGAAAUUAUUAUGCUUGAUCAGUAUUAAAUCAUCAGCCUUUGAAUAAAGACCAUGUUUUAUGUGGCAUGGUGUGUGGGUUUCUUUUGGAGUCAUUCAUUGCUGUCUCUUCUGUAAAUGUCUUUUUAAAAUGUGAAUUUGUUUCAAGGGUUUUUUACCUUAUUUUGUAAUGUUUUGCAUCAAAUAUAGUAACUACAGUUGUAUA